AUGGAUUUGGAACCUGGACCGGGAGACAUAGAAAGUCGUUUGGGCAUUUACAGGGUUCGAAGUAGAGAAGUACGUCUGAGUCAGGUUUUGAGAGAAGUCGACAUACACGGUUUGAUGAAUCAUUCGAACGUCGUUCAAUUGGAAUCCUAUUUCCAAGAUCGUACAAAAUUUUACAUGGUUUUAGAACAUUGCGAAUUGAACACUCUGGCUUCCCUAUUACGAUAUCGCGGAAGAUUAGAAGAAAACGAAACUAGGAAAUUAUUAAAACAAUUAUUAGACGGUCUCAAACACAUACACGAUCGCGGAAUCAUACACAGAGAUUUGAAACCUGCUAACAUAUACCUAACUCAGGAUUACACGUUGAAAAUCGGCGAUUUCGGUUUGGCGGAUAGAAUACGUAGUAAAAACAAAGGGAUAUGCGGAACCCCGAAUUACAUAAGUCCGGAGGUUCUCAUGGAACAAGGUUACACGACUGCUGUCGACGUGUGGGCUGUGGGUUGCAUAGCUUAUAGCAUGGUAUGCGGUAGGCCACCUUUCGAAGCCGAAACUCCGGCUGCCACUUAUGAUCUCAUUCGAGCACAUCAUUAUUCAGCAAUUCCGUCUUCUCAGGCUGGUGCGGCUCUGAGGCAUUUAAUUAGUUGGAUGCUUGCAUUUCAACCCGAGGAUAGACCGUCCAUUCCUUUCAUACAAAAUCACGUUUGGAUGAGGAGAAAUAGAGAAAUCAUUUGCUCAACGUGGUCGAGGUGUCACAAGAAAAGAAAAGAAAGCAUGGAAAAAGCUCCGAUUGCGGAAAUAAGUUGCGAAACGACAAUGAGACUAAGCGAAAAUUCAGACGAUGAGGAAUCUGAUAGAGAUAAAGAUGACGUGACUGAAAAUCGUAAAGAAUUUUCUUUUUGGAGAAAUCUAUUGGAAAAAGCAAAAUCUCAUACGAAAUCUUUAACUUACGAAGACGUCAACAACAGACCCGUUUUUCAUCAUUUAAGGAGCAGAGUGUAUUUUGCAAUGAGUUCGAAAAAGAGAAUGCCUAUAAAAAAAGGAGUUGAAGAGGUUCUCAAAGGGAAUCCGGCACCGAAAAAUAAUCAAAUUUCUGACACAUCCGAAGUGUUUUAUCCAGUUUUCAUAUCUAAAUGGAUAGAUUACAGUAAUAAAUACGGAUUUGGAUAUCAAAUGUCGGAUGGUACGACGGGUGUUUUUUUCAACGACUCUUCACAAAUUAGUUUAGACGGAACGAAAACGUGCAUCACAUGGUGCAGAGGAAACAAGAAAACAGUUUAUCCCGUCCGAACAGUGCCUGUACGCCUCCAGGGCAAAGUACUUUUACUUAGUUAUUUUACCGAUUACAUGGACAAUCACUUGUCGAGCGGAGUAACAGAAGAUUACAGAAUCGAACCCCCUUCGAAAGCGACACCCCUUUUACGACAGUGGAUGAGAAACGAUAAAAUAAUUUUAUUCGAAAUGGCUGACGGACUUUUACAAAUUAAUUUUUUUAGAGAUCAUUACAAAAUGAUUUUGUACGAAGAAAAUAAGAAUGGAAAACAAAUCGUUUUAGUCGUUAUCGAUGAUGAGAAAAAAAUUAAAAAAUAUAAUUUGUCAACAAUGGGGAGUAGCACAGAAUGUCCGGAAGAUGUAUUAAGUCAUUUAAUGUACGUUUAUACUCUCCUGUAG